GUCAGCUGUCACUGACGAACGUCAUUUUUUGACAAUUCAACGGCGGGAAUCUAAUCGUUUGUUUAUUUAUUUUUGUUCAUUAUUAUUUCUUACAAUGUGCGGGCUACAUACUGAUAAUCCACUUGAAGUGCAAAUAAAACUUAUAAGGAAGUAUUUAAAGCUUAAAAUAAUGGCGGAUAAUGUAUCUUUUCGCGGACACGAGCAAGAAAGGAAUCACGUUUAUGAUUUGUUCAAACGGACUGUCUCGCAUGGUGAAUCUCAUUCUGCCCUCAUGAUAGGACCCAGAGGAAGCGGCAAGACAACCCUUAUAAACUCAGUGCUGCAUCAAAUAGGGCAGGAGGUAGACCUGUCUAAUGAUGCUAUCAUUGUGCGGCUCAAUGGACUGAUCCAUCAUGAUGAUAAAAUUGCUCUCAAGUCUAUUACUGCACAGAUGCAACUAGAAAACGCAGUAGGCGACCGUGUAUUCGGCACAUUCGCUGAGAACCUUGCCUUCCUCCUGAGCUGUCUCCAAAGCGGUGCUGACCGUCGCUGCAAAAGCAUGCUGUUUGUGCUAGAAGAGUUCGAUAUGUUCUGUCAUAGCGGACGUACGCAGACGCUGUUGUAUAAUCUGUUCGAUAUUACGCAUAGUCAGCAGGCUCCGAUGUGUGUUUUGGGCAUAACAAACCGCAUAGACGUGAUGGAGCUUCUAGAAAAACGGGUGAAAUCUCGUUUCUCCCACCGUCACCUCUUCAUAUUUCCCAACGAAUACGACCCGCAGAGGGCGCCACAGUACAAGUAUCAGGAUUUGUUAGUUCAGCUGUUGAGUAUGCCUGUUAAACCUAAAACUGCAACUAAGAAGAAACGCAGUCGGAGGAAUACAGUAACAUCAGAAGACAUAGAAAUGGAAGCCAAGAUUGCGGGAGAUUCCCACACUCUCCCACAGCCCAUACUAUCCCGAAUAAACUUAGACCAACUAAAUCAAGACUUCGUAACAGAUUGGAAUAAUCACAUAGCGAGUCUACGUGAAGACCAUAAAGUGAUCGAUUGUUUAGAGAAGCUCUGUUACUAUACUGUUAAUGAACAGGUUUUUAGAAAUGUGCUGUUCGAGCUAGUAUCAAAACUAUCCGCCGACAGUCCCUACAUAGAGGUUUCAAAUCUAUCCACAAUCAUAGACAAGACAGUCGCCCCGGAGCAUAGAGUAAAGCUGCUACAAUCGUUGUCUAUACUGGAAUUGUCUUUGGUAAUAGCUAUGAAGCAUGGCAUGGAAAUAUUUGAUGGACAGCCCAUGAAUUUUGAAAUGGUUUUACAUAGGUACACGAAAUUCGCGAACUCCAACUCUUCAACCCAAACAGUGCCAAGACCAGUUAUACUAAAAGCCUUCGAACACUUACAAGAACUAGAAAUUAUAAUGCCAGUAAAAACCACGGAUUCCAUAUACAACUCCGGUGAUACCACAGCGAGCAGAGUUCAGAAAGAAUUCAAAUUGUACACUUUAGCGGUACCAAAUGAAGAUAUAAGUGAUGCUGUGAAGAAUUUCAAGGCUUUACCCACAGAAAUUAAUCAUUGGUUCAAUAAUUCUGUUGUGUGAUUUUUUUGUGCUGGCAACUCUGAUUUUUGGUAGUUUUUUUUGUUUGUAGCAACAUUGUUAUGGUAGUGUGUUGUGAGACAGGUAAAUAAAUGUCGUUAUUUUUGUA